AUUUGAGUCCCAACUCACUCACCUAAAGACAACGUAUUCAUGAUAAGACUCGACGAUUUUCAUUCCAAUCCAUGAUAAUUCAUGGGCAUUUACAGUUGAGGAGUCCUAAACUAGGGUUAUAAAUAAUAAUAAUAAUAAUAAUAACAAUAAUAAUAGUAUAUUUAUGCGUGAGUAGGUACACGCCAUUUUUACAGGCAUGAUCUAUAAAUUACAACAUUUUUUGGUGCACAACAUGCUUCCCAACUUAUUAAGUUCAUAGUUAUUACAAAGUAGACUGAUAGAGCGCUUGAUGUAAACCAUGACCUUGAGGAGACGCGUACGUCAAGUUUGUUUCAGACUUCAGAAGUUUCAUAGCUGUGCCCUCAGAGCAAGAUUCUGAAGAGAAACAGAAGAGUAGCAAGGCACUUGGAUAUGAACGCCAAACGCUGCUUAACAUUGUGUAGGAGAGCAGACAGAGAGUGAAAUGAAGUCAGGGGCUCUAUAUAAGAGAAUGUAGUAAUAAAGAACAAUGAGUUGUGAUGUUUAACAAGUUGAAGUAAGCUCACAUGAAGGAAGGGAAGUCAAGGUUGGUACAAGGAAAGCAGUUUAUUAGAAGGGAGUGUGCAUAUAGAGGGUGAAGUGUUAAGAAUACUAAUGACUAUGUCUUUUAUUGUCUAAUUUUUUCUCUUUUUUUUGUCCACCCGAUGCCAGCCACAUAAUUCUAGUGUAAAAGUCCGAGUUAGCACGUUAUAGGUUGUCUUAGUAGAAUAUCUAAGCCAGCAUAAAAUUGGAAACAUGAGUCUGAGUGGUGAGCGUAGGAAGACAAUCUAUAUCACAGAUUGUUUGACAUGUUCUCAAUCACAAAGAGCCUGAUACAUACAAAAUGUUCUGCCCCCACAAACACGGGUGGAUUGAAGUCAUCGCCCUCACCAUCAAUGCUUGCUGGUCAGUAACUCCACCCACCCUCCUUUUGUGAUGUUAGGCUCAUUUAAGCUUAUUUUUGGAUAUAUGUGUGGUGUUUGAAUUAACUAAUGAUUCUUUUGUACUUGUUGAAUGCUCGAUUUCGAAUUCUAAAUACAGUACAUUCGUUGUGCCUGUGUCUUCUUAAUUCAAUUGCGUUAAUCCUGGGAUUCCUAAUUCAUACUAUAAUUAGAAUACUAUAUUGGCGUCGCGAUGGAGCCUGCAAUGGAAAAGUUAGAUAUUCAUUCAACUUCAGAAGCUUUUGAAGAUUACUUUGAAAGGUUUGAAAUCUGGGCUAUGACCAAGGAAGAUGAUGAGGAUGUUAAUAUUGUGGCACACUUCCUCACAUUCAUUGGAAGAGAAGCAUACAGCUUAUUAAGAACUCUGGCUAUGCCGGAAAAACCCAUUUCGCUUUCUUAUACAGCUCUCAAGGAUCUACUGCUAGACUAUGCUCAGUAUACAAAUUUCAAAUGUCGUAAAGGAGGAAGAUUUCGUAAAAUGAUUCAUGAGGAUAUAAACAAGUCCACUACAUUACGUCACCCCAACCCAGUUCAUACUCAAGAUUAUGCAGACAAUUCGUUGAGUUUGGAUGCAGUUCACGAGGAUGGGGACAAGUUUGGUCAGUGUUUGUCCUGUUGCAAGUUCCACUCUUCUAAUUCAUGUAAAUUUCGUAAUUCUAAGUGCUUCAAAUGUCGUGAUAUUGGACAAGUUCAGUCAGUUUGUAAUGCUAAUGUUCAUCUUACUGCAAUUAAUAUUAAGUCUUGUAAUUCUGAUUCUACUGAGUCGAGUAUUCAUGAUGAUCAUUUAUCUUUAUCAACGAUUUCAAAAGACAGUUCAGAGUCAUAUAGCAGUUCAGAGUUAAAUGAACUCCAGAAUUCUUGUGAGACAACAUUUCCUAAUCAACCGAUUUAUCAGAAUUCUCAUGCUAUUGUACCAAGUAUGACUUUUCCUAAUGAUUCACAUAUUUCUAAUGAAAUUACUUGCAAUUCUGAGGAAAAUAUGUUAAAUGAACCUAAUCAUGAUCGAAAACCUGAUGUGGUUUGGAUAGAUGCUGAUUUUUCUAACGAUCCUACGCUCUGCAACGACAGUCCUGAUGAAUUUCAUGAGAAUAUUUCAGAAGAAUCAAAUCCUGAUGUCAUAUCAUAUAUUACCUAUCCUCAUAAUGUAUUUGAUCUUUGUGAAAAACCUGCCCAAUGCGAAGCACGAGUACUAAGUGACCUCGAGUUUUAUUAUAUUUCGGAUGAUUUCAUAUCAACUGCUGUUUACUCUUAUCACAAAAACAGUUCUAAUGUUUACUCUAAACAAUGUGAGAUAUAUGUUUUAAAUGAAGCCACAUUAUUCAUAACUUGGGAGUAUAAAGAUCCAACAUUAUUUCGUGGGGGGGGGUAGUGUUGAAAAAUCUAUGGUUCGAAUUCUAGAUAUUAAUGAUUUCAUUACAAAACCGACAUGCUGGUUGUAUACAAUUCCAGGUGAGUCUGUUCCGAUUUCGUUUGUUAAUUCCAAUACUAAUGAGCACUUUCUAGAUACUACAAAGUUUUUAUCUUAUACAAUGUCGGACAGACUCAGGAUGAACUUAACAAGAAGACGUACAACCGAUUACAAACACUUAUACUUCUAUUUAAGCUGUGGCGGAUGUGGUGUUUGAAUUAACUAAUGAUUCUUUUGUACUUGUUGAAUGCUCGAUUUCGAAUUCUAAAUACAGUACAUUCGUUGUG